AUGACCACCUGUAUUUCACCGGAACUGUUCGAUUAUUCAAGUUAUCGCACAAGCAUUUCUCAACUGUCCAGCCUAUUAGGCCAUAAAUUCAUGGAUGCCUACAUAGGACUCACAGCAAAUCAGAAGGUUGUCGGGGAGCGCAGUAUAGAGGCAAAACAAGAGGAAACCUUGGCCAGGCACCAGACCAUCUGUCAUGGUGAUGACGGGGGAAGGCACGCGGCCGUGGAGCGAUUUCUCAUGGAAGAGAGGAAGAAACGGUGCAAUAUGGAGGUGUCUUUAUACUCGCAGGCUAUCGGAAUGUUGGAGCAACUCCGGAUGCACAUAUGUGACUGGUCAAAGAGGAAUGGCGCGUGCUCCAACACGGCUGUGGGACAUUUGAGCAGCUCCUGUCUACCCCAUGCUACCCAUCAAGGAAGGAUAGCAUCCGUCAUUUUGAUGUGUCCAACCAUCUCUCUACAGCGCAUCAGCCCCUCGUUGCCCCUGCUGAGCACAUGGAUCACUGUCGAAAUACAGGAAGCCUUUUAUGAUGCAUUCCGAACGGAACUGCGCACGCAGGCGGAGCUGAUGACGAAAUCUGUUGCUACUAGGCGUAGCAACACCUACCUACGCAAUCUUGGACUAGAUCUACUCAUUCUGCAGGCCAAGAUGUGCCGCGCCAAAGCUGAGAUUCAGCUCUAUACGCUAGCCAUUCAAAACACUUAUGAAUCCGACUCCUCUGACUGCAGUGAGCACAAACCAACUGGGUUCUCCCCCACAGCUGAUGUCGUUGCAGGCUCGCAGACAUCCUGGGAUCAAACUAUCCCACAGCCUCCGCCCCCCGAGGAACUGAACUGCUAUGAUGAGGACAUCGAUGGCACGGACGACUGUGAUGACUGUGACACAGACAGCAUUGACACGGAAGACGAUGAGGUUGAAGUCUGCUCACACUGUUAG